AUGAAAAGAAUACUCUCAGAUGGAGUCAAUGAGCCAAAACUAUGCAAAUUCAUAAAAGAAGAAUCACCACAUAAAGUUAAACAGGAACCAUAUGAUGAUGAAGACCUUGUACAUUUGGGAUCCGAAUCAAUUCCAUCACCAACUUCAUCCACUUCGCCUCCAUUUCCUACAGAACCUGCGGUUCAAACAAUUAAACUUCCCAAAUAUAUGGAGUUAAAAUGUGGUGCCCUCGUUGCUCGACUUCACACUGAAUUGUUUAUUUGUCCUGGAAUUCGAGAAAAAUGCAUCGAAGUACUAGACUGUCCCGGAGAGUUAUUGACACCUGUUGAGUUUACAAUCAAGGCUGAAAAGAGCAAGCAAAAAGACUGGAAAGGAGCGAUAAAGCAUAAUGGAAGGAUGUUAAGAACACUCAUGGAAUUCAAACAAUUGGAUUUUUAUAAUCAUCAUGAGAUGUGUUCAUUCAAGUGUCAUUCUCGAAACUAUAUCACAAAAAACGGUGGAUCUGUUCCAAAACUUCCACCAAAAAAUGUUCAACGUCGUCACUCUUCUGCAUCAACAACAUCAAACGUUUCACAAACAGCGAUUAAUCAAUUACUUCAAGGAGAGCUGAUUAAAAAUCCAAAUUUUCUAGCUGCGUUCGCUGCUCAUUGUACUGCUGAAAAUCAGAAACGACAAGAAGAAGCUGAGAGAAAGUUGCAAGAAAAACAAAACGCCAUCAAGUGUCUGAUGGAAACCGACUCGGUCACGUUCUGGAAUCAAACGAUACAAUCAAAAACGUCUACUGUCGUUUUGGAUCGAAUUUCUAUGGAGCUCGGUUCGUUGGCUCAGAAUCUGAUUUCUGGUCGUGAUUUUGCGGCGAGUUCGUCUAAAAUCAUCCAGGUACUUCAAGUUCUCGGCUUGUCGGACACCGUUUCUCGGGAAAUGUGUGGUCAAUUCAUUCUUCCAUCGUCCGUGUCAACUAAUGUUGAUGGGCAAAGCUCAUUAGACGCACAACUACCGGUUCAACAUUUGCCGUCAAAAGAAAUGAAAGCCGUUGACCCAAUCGAAAAAUCACCAAAUGAUAAUAACAAUGAAACUCUCAGCUCUUCUGAGAAACUCGAACUCAUGAUCAGAAACGCGCUCUGAUCGAACAUUCAUACUCUAACACAUUCCUCUUCACAUCUCCAGAUGAUUAUUCAUGUCCAUCAUUUUAUCAUUAAAUAUCUCAUUCUAUACUCUCUUCUCGCUUUAUUGUUUCUCGCUCACUCCCUACCCACCAUUACAUAACAUCUCUGAAAUUUCAAAGUUUUGACAUUCUUGGCUGUGCCUUUUCCUCUCAAUGAUAUUUUCCAAAUUCCAUUAUUUUUCCCCCGCCUUUGAUUGCUUUUAUUGGUUACUUGUUUAUUGGUAUACUUCUCGGUAUUCUUUUUAAUGUUCUGCAUGUUUCAUAUGGUAUAAAUUGCAUAUUACGUU